CGUCGCUGGUCGGGGUCCACACGAGCUGGAAUCCAAGUGUGACGUCACUUUCCGCGAAUCCCCUUCCUUGAACGACGAGAGCGAAAGAAAGGAGCACAAAAAAAACCCAAACAAAAACACACAUUGAACCGUUUGAUCGCCGAGGACUUUUAUUUGAAGAACAAAGCGACGUCGUACUGAGUGCUUGAUUCCAGGAUGUCUCUGUACCCAUCCCUGGAGGACCUAAAGGUGGACAAGGUGAUCAAGGCCCAGGCCCAGUUUGCCCACACCACCACCACCACCAGCACCAGCACCACCAUGCCAGCCAUCAGUGAGGUGGGCCACCAGCUGCAGCAGCCUGCCACUGCCGGGAUGCCAUCAUCCAGCUUGUACCCUAACCUGGAGGAGCUGGGAGAGUACAUGGGUCUGAGUCUCAACAGUGACGAGGUGCAGAACAACUUGGCCUUGCUGCCUGUGGCCAACAACCAGGUGGCGGUGCCCUCCUAUUCGGGCGUGGCCGGGAUGGUGUGUCCCGUGACGGGCUCUGACAUGGGCAUCAGGAGGGCGGAGGUCCGCCAAGGGCUGCGGGAGAUCAUCCUGUGCAAGGACCAGGACGGCAAAGUUGGACUACGCCUCAGGGCCAUCGACAACGGAGUGUUUGUCCAGCUGGUGCAGGCCAACUCCCCCGCUGCCUUGGCCGGCCUACGUUUUGGGGACCAGGUCCUUCAGAUCAACGGCCACAACUGCGCCGGCUGGAGCGUGGAUAAGGCCCACAAGGCCCUGAAGGCUGCGGCCGACACCCGCAUUGACAUGGUGGUCAGGGACAGGCCAUUCCAGCGCACUAUCACCAUGCACAAAGACAGUUCAGGCCACGUGGGUUUCAUCUACAAGUCUGGGAAAAUCACAUCGCUGGUCAAGGACGGCUCUGCGGCUCGCAAUGGCCUACUGACGGAACACUACAUCUGUGAGAUUAACGGGCAGAAUGUUAUCGGACUCAAGGAUUCCCAGAUUAAGGACAUUCUCAGCUCCUCCCCGACCGCCAUGACCAUCACCAUCAUGCCCAAGUUCAUCUACGAGCACAUGAUCAAGAGGAUGUCCAGCAGCCUGCUGAAGUCGGCCAUGGAUCAUUCCAUCCCAGAGGUGUGAAGGUCAGGCAGGACAAAGAGGACACCGACAUCUCUUUUAUCUUUCUUUCUUUCCUCGCCUUCACGUGUGUCUUUGAUGACACGCUCAUCUCACAAUGCCUUGAUCGUCUUUUCUCUCUCUCCUCCUAUUUUCAUUCUACUUGGAGAUUAAGGUCGGUCCAAGAUGUCUUUUGUUUUUUUUUUCAAACCAUGCAAAGUCCAGAGCUUCCUCUGCGUUGGUUUCUUUUUGUUUUUCUUUUCCGCUCCAAGAUGCUGGAAACAAGCCUGAGCCCCCCCAACCCAACAUGAAAUGCAAAAAGCAAGUCAUGCAUUGAAAUGUCAAACCAUUCUUUCAUGAAGUAAUGAAAUAUCAUGCUGAAUACUGCUUGUUGGUUUUAAUAUCUCCAAAAUAUUCAAUCAUUUCUAAAAAAAAAACAAACCAAAAAAAGCACAGAUUUAUUUUUGUAAUAUUCCACCAAAUUUUUUUUCUCUUGGAAUUAUAUGCCCCCCCCCCAAAAAAAAAAUUCCAAUUUAUUUCCAAUUAUGAGAUAAAGUCAUAAAUUUGACAUUAAAAGUCCAAAUUGUGAGACACAAACGGCGCAUGUGCCAAGUGCAUAAUUUUGAUUUAUCUCAGAAUUAUGACUUUUAUCUCAUAAUUUGGAUUUUUUAUGUCAGAAUUUGGACAUUUUAUCUCAUAAUUGGGAAUUUUUAUUUUAUAAUUUGGACUUUUGGACCUUUUAGCUCACAAUUUCGACUAAUCUCUAUAUAUGGAUUUUUUAAUCCCAUAAUUUGGACCAUUUCUCUCACAAUUUCGACUUUUAUCUCAUAAUUUGGAUUAUUUAUGCCAUAAUUUGGACAUUUUUUUUAUAAUUUGGACCUUUAUCUCAUAAUUUGGAUUUUUUUUAAGUCAUAUUUUGGACCUUUUAUCUCAUAAUUUGGACUUUUGAUCUUAUAAUUUGGACUUUUUAUCUCAUAAUUUGGACCUUUAUUUCAUAAUUUUGACUUUUUAUUUAAUAAUUUAGACAUAAUUAUGGCUUUCCUAUCUCAUAAUUCUGACUCUGUAUUUUAUCAUUUCAACUUUUUAUCUCAUAAUUUCGACUUCGGUCACAAAUUGGACUUUUUAUCGUGCAUUUUUCACGAGUGAUUUGUGUGAGAUGAACUGUUGGCAUUUAGGAACGCUAGAAAGGUAGUGCGUGUUUAUUGCUUCCCUGCUGAAGAUGAUUUUUUUAUUAUUAUUUGGGCCAAAAUGACAUCAAGAUGAAAUGAAAAGUCUUCCAUUCAAAUGUCAAAUCAUUCUUUCAUGAAGUAAUAUUUUAUCAUGCUAAAUAGUACUUUUUCUUUCUAAUAUUUCCAAUAAAUUCAAUAAUGUUAGUUUUUUUUUUUUAAGAUUUAUUUUUGUGGUAUUCCACCUUUUUUUUCUUUACUCUUGAAAUUCUACCAUGUUUUUCUCCACCCACAAAAAAAAUCCAACUUAUUUCCAAUAAUGAAAGCUAUGAAAGCCUGGAAAAAAUAGGACCGAUAACUCAUUUUAUUUGUUUUUUUCUAGUAUUACCACUUCAGUGUUGCAGUGUCCAAAAAAGUCCACACUAUUUUUCCAAAAUGUGAAUUUUUUUCUGAUAUUAGAACAUCGUUGUUAUUAUUUUUAACCUUUAUUCUUGGAAUAUGAUUUUAUUGAUCAUAUGAUCAAUUCCAUUUCAUUCCUAUUGAUUUCUUGGCAUUGGAAAAAAUGACUUUUCGGUGCCACUCUUUUUUUAUGUACAAGAAAUGAAAAAGGUGAACUACAUAAAUAAUAGUUUAAAAAAUGCUGUGAUUACGUGUGAGUAUAAUAAUGAAUGAAUUAGAUUGGCUGUUUAGGGCUGGAGGGGUACAGGCUAGUUUUAGUUGUAGUAUUUAUUAGGAGACUAUGACUAAGUGCACUUUCCAUCACCUUUACCUGUCCUUGAAAUAAUUGUACGUGUGGUGCCUCCUGUCUAAAUGCAGCUAUCUUCUCAAAGCUGCUCCAAUUCAACAUCAUAUCAACCCCCCGCGACCCCGCGCUGGCCUUUUGCUUCCUCAAUGAAGAGCACAGCGACAGCAGCUUUUUCUUUUUUGUAACAAUGUACCCACUGGCUGCUGAUCAGGGAAGCACGUUGCCGCCACUGAUAGAAAAAAAAAAUAUCCCAAUGCCAAGUCUUCAUUACCACAUAAAAUGCCAGUUAUGACACAAAAAGUCCACAUUAUGAGAUAAAAAGUCAGAAUUAUGGGAUUAAAAAUCCAAAUUAUGAGAUAAAAAGUCAUAAUUAUGAGAUUCAAAGUCCAGAUUAUGAGAUAAAGUCAUAAUUUAGAGAUUAAAAAAAUCCAAAUUAUGAGCUAAUAAAUAAUAAUUAUGAGAUAAAUAGUCAUAGUUAUGAGAUUAAGUCCAAAUUAUGAGAUAAAAAGUCAUAAUUAUGUGAUUAAAAGUCCAGGUUAUGAGCUAAAAGGUAAUAAUUAUGAUAGAAAGUCAUAAUUAUUAGCUAAAUAGUUAUAAUUAUGAGAUUAAAAAAAUUGAAAUUAUGAGAUAAAAACGCAAAAGUACAACAUAAAUUGUAAUUAUGAAAUGAAAAAGUCCAAAUUGUGAGAUACAAACUGCGCAUGUGCCAAGUGCAUAAUUUCAACCUUUUAUCUCAUAAUUGUGACCUUCUAUCUCAUUAUUUCAUUUUUUAAUCUCGUAAUUUCGAUUUUUGAUGUCAUAAUUCUGAUUUUUUUAGCUCACAAUCAUGCCUUUUUAUUUCCUCAAUAUGACUUUUGUUUUAUAAUUUUGACUUUUUAUCGCAUAAAUGUGACUUUUUAUUUCAUAAUUUAGAGUUUUUAUCUCAUACAGUAGUUGUGACCUUUUAUGUCAUAAUUUUGCCUUUUUAAUCGCACAAUUUCGCCCUUUUAUCUCAGAAUUCUGAAUUUUGAUGUCAUAAAGAUCCUAUCUCCUAAUUGUGACUUUUUAUUCCCAAAGUAGGACUUUUUUUGUGUCUGAUAAUUGUGACUUGCCACAGAGAUACGAGUUUUCUCCGAGCGGCGGGAAAGGGGCUCCCAUCCCACAUGUGAUGUCUGCAUGCAUGCGUUCCUCCAUAAAAAGUCAUUUCUAUAUGAAUGUAAUCAAGAUGGUUGUAUUGUCAAAGAAAUAAAGGUCAAUCAUUAGCA